ACCAUACUUAGUUUUGUCAAUAAAUAGGUGCACUGCUACCUGUCUAUCUAGCUAUCUAUCUAUUCGAUUCUUCUCCAGUCUCCCCCAAAAUACCAAAAACAGAAUCUCUCUCCAUGAAGUACAAAUACAAGAAAAGUGAGCAGAGAAAACGUAAUCUUUCCCUUUUAAUCAUCACACUCAUUUCACUCUCUCUCUUUUGUGUUUUUGUAUUUACCAAAGAUGCAACUUUUAUCUCCAAACUCACUCUCACUCUCACCUGGCCUCAUCUUCUUAUUCUUGGCCAAUCAAUCAAUAAUGGAACUGCUUCAAGAUCAGCAGCAGCAUUUGAUUUUGAGAGGGAUGAAGAAGCUGGGACUGAUAUUGAAUUGCCAUUAAGGGGCUGUGAUUUGUCAAAGGGGAAAUGGGUGUUUGAUAAUAUCACCAGGCCUUUAUACAGAGAAGAAGAGUGUGGGUUCUUGACUGCUCAAGUCACUUGUGUUAGAAAUGGAAGAGAAGAUACACUGUAUCAGAAGUGGAGAUGGCAGCCCAGUCACUGUUCUUUGCCCAAGUUUGAGGCAAGAGUGUUGUUGGAGAAACUGAGGGGGAAGAGGCUUUUGUUUGUGGGGGAUUCAGUGAACCGGAAUCAAUGGGAGUCCAUGAUUUGCUUGCUCCAGUCUGCUAUUCUUCCCGGCAGAGCAACUUGGAACAUGGGAGCUCCACUUUCGGUUUUCUCUAUUCAGGACUAUAAUGCGACAGUUGAGUUUUACUGGGCGCCUUUUCUGGUAGAGUCAAAUUCAGACGAUCCAAGAAACCACAGCAUUUCACAGCGAAUUAUAAUGCCUGAAUCCAUUUCCAAGCACGGAAUCCAUUGGAAGUCAGCAGAUUUUCUUGUCUUCAACACCUACAUAUGGUGGAUGAACAGUCACACCAUUAAAGUCUUACGGGGAUCAUUCGAACAAGGAUCAGCAGAAUACGAUGAGAUCGAACGUACCACAGCGUAUGAAAGAGUUCUAACAACGUGGGCCAACUGGCUAAUCAGCAAUGCUGAUCAUAAUCGUACCUCUGCCUUCUUCAUCAGCAUGUCUCCAGUUCACCAACAGAGCUCAAACUGGAACGACCUGGACGGAGUCGCCUGUGCCCGUGAAACGACCCCAAUCUUGAACACAUCCAUGGCAUUAGACAUGGGCACCGACAGGAGGCUCCUACAUAUUACAAGGAAUGUGAUAAAAGCCACAAAUACCCCGGUGACCCUGGUUGAUAUCACAACCCUAUCAGAGUACAGAAAGGACGGUCAUACCUCAGUUUACACCAUUCGGCAAGGCAAACUUUUGACACCUGAGGAGAAAGCCGAUCCUGCUACAUUUGCAGAUUGUCUGCAUUGGUGUCUUCCUGGAGUGCCCGACACUUGGAAUGAGUUGCUCUACGCCCACAUUAUUUCCCGAUCCUGAUGGAUACCAGAACUUUUACUGGUGGUUUCGGAAACGGAAGAGUUUCAGAUUUUGCCAAAAUUUAGUACACAGCUCUUUAUAUUCUGAAAAAUAUGAUAUUUGAAUUGCUGUUAGGGAUUGAAGCUCUUUAUAUACGAGUAAAGUUCAUACAAGUAUUCCUGUAAGGAAAAGCUGAUUCUGUAUACAGAUGAAUCUUCAUAGAUUUAAGCUUACAAUAUGCUCCGUCAUUUAUA